AACUCACUUCAGGAAAUGAAGUUUGUAUCCGCUGGACCCGAUCCAAUUACACCCUUAGAAAUCUUGCGUAGCAACUGUGCCGGCACGGUGCCUGCGUCGGCCUUUUCCCUCUACCUCUCCGCCAGGUUUAUCCCGAUUUCGUGGGGAGGUCUUCGCCUUCUGCUUUUUUGGGCUAACGGAAAAAUGUUCCUCACUAGAACCGAGUACGACAGAGGUGUGAACACAUUCUCCCCGGAAGGCAGAUUGUUUCAAGUCGAACAUGCGAUCGAGGCGAUCAAGUUGGGUUCAACUGCAAUCGGAAUAAAGACUAAGGAAGGUGUAGUUUUGGCUGUAGAGAAGCGGAUCACCUCCCCAUUACUGUCUAUGCCCUAAUCCCUUUAGAUAUCACUUACCGGGGAAUGAAGAGCUGUCCGAAGCCUCAAUCUUUAUCUGCCUCUUUUCAGUCAUUGCUUCUCAAUCAACCUUUUCACAUGGAUACAACCAAAUUGUGAAGUUUCAUAAUGACUUGUAUGUGAUGUGGCACGAAGAAGGAGUCAAAAUGAACUACUAACUUCACUUAGCAGUCAAUCUUUGGGUGCUUAUGGCCUUUGUUGAGCCUUGUCUGAAUCUGGGUCCAACGGAGUGCAAACUCUAGCAGAGAAUUCCUCUCUUGAUGUGUAUGGACUUGAUAAAUUUUGUUUGGCAUCA